CAACAGCUGUUUGCAAGUGUUUCGAUAUACAUAUUUCGUAUUGGCCACCCUUUGUUAUUGUUAGGCAGUAAUGUUCAAUUUGUAUUAAAUCGAGAAAAACUGUUAAUUAAAAGUCUGUCGCAUUAUGGAGCAAGUAUGCCGCACUUGUCUGACUAGCUCUGUGGCGUUACUGGAUAUAUUCGCCGACCAACGUGAACCUAGCCUCGCAGCGAUGCUAAACGAAUGCGUUGCCUGCGAAAUCAAAUUGGACGAUGAACUGCCAAAAAAGAUUUGUUUAUCUUGCAUUUGUGAUGUUCAAACAGCAUUUGGAUUCAAACGUAAGUGCGAGGCAAGUCAUGAGAUGCUGAGUGCUAAGCUAAACGAAAAUAGAAUAGAAGUGGAGUGCGAUAUACCUAUAAAAUGGGAAGCAGCAGAAGAUGACAUCGAUAUUAGUUGUGUGAAGUUAGAGCACAGUACAGAGGAGCCUCCAAGGGAGGCAAACAGUAGUAAAAAAUCCUCUGAAGACUUGAUCGCGACAACAAACGAAGUGAAUAUUCAGUCGGAAUUGCUGACAACAGAAAACUGGGAGCUGGCAGAGGGAAACAUCGAUCUGGGCUGCGUCAAGAUUGAAGACGACGAAGAACAGCGCAAUGAAGCAACAGAAGUGGCUAAGGAGGAACACAAUGAAGUAACCGAGGCUGCCAAGGACCAGCACAAUAAAGCAGCAGAUAUUGCAAAGAACCAGCAUCAAGUCCCAACUGAACCUGUCGCCAAACGGCAUCAGUUCCAGUGUCCGCACUGCCCCAAAGAUUUUAGUCAAAGUUCGCAUCUCAACGCACAUAUUCGCACACACACGGGGGAACGUCCCUAUCAGUGUCCACACUGCCCAAGAGCUUUUAGUCAAGCCUCCAACCUGCGCAAACAUCUCUGCAUUCAUUCUGGUGAACGUCCUUUUAAGUGCCCACACUGCCCAAAAGCUUUUACGCGUCAGACGGAUCUGCAGUAUCACGUAUCCACUCAUCCUGGCCAACAAAUACACAAGUGUCCGCAAUGUACACGGUAUUUUAUAGAACUCUCGCAACUGGAGGAACAUAUUAGCUAUCAUCGUGGUGAGCGAACGUUUCCCUGCACGGUGUGUUCCAAGGAAUUCACAUAUGCGUGGCAACAACAGCGACAUAUUCGCACUCACACGGGGGAGCAUCCGUUCAAGUGUCCGCCCUGCUCGAAAACCUGUGUGGACAAAGGGGAUCUAGGCAGACACAUUCGAUCGCACACUGGCGAACGUCCGCACAAAUGUCCACAUUGCCCUAAAGCAUUUACUCGCGCUGCUUAUCUUAAGACGCACAUCAAUACGCACAGCAACGAAGCACAAUAAGUUUAGCAUACUUAUAGAUUUGAAUUUGGCGGUAGCCCAUUGAUAGUCGAACUAUCGAUUAAAAAUACGUAUAUACGAAAAGUGCAAUAGUAAUAUAAAUAAAAUUAAAUGUACUUAGUAUUAUGGAUAUGUAUACAU